AUGGGCAACUCACGAGAAGCCGGCCCUGGGGAUGAAGGUCAUUCGCUUUCCCCGAGUCUUCUCCAAGUUCCAUCACCAGAUCACCAGCAUCAUGAUCGACAUGACUCUGGUAACCCGUGCAGUCAUCAGUCCGGCCUCUCAGACCAAGACUACGUCAUGCUGAAUGACAUCCCCAUGCUGAGGGACCAAAGCGACCUUUACAACUGGCUUCGCUACGUCGAAACCGAACUGGACUUUUGGGGCAGGUCACAUUUUAUCGACCCGCAAACGCCUCGCCCCCAGGACACGGAAACACCAUCAUAUCUCAGAUGGCGAGAUCAGGCUUUGUCUGUGUCGAACUGGCUCAGAAUGCACAUAUCGGAGGAACUGGUGCGCGAGCUGAAGCUCCCUUCCGAAUCGGACAUGCCGUAUCCCGCUGAUCUUAUCCUCACACUUUCCGAACACCUCUCCCCUGGCCCGACUGUCCUGGCAACCCAAGCGUACGAGCUUCCCCGAAGAGGGGACUACACGGACCGAUCGCAUUAUAUCAACGCUAUCCGCGAUUUAUAUCGCCAGAACAGUCACCUGGCCUUCCCCAUCCUCAAAAUAACUAUGAUGGUGCUGGAUAUUCUCGAGCCUGAAAUCCCUCUAGCCGUCUCAGUUCAAAGAGAGAACGUCAAAAAGUAUGAUUUGAUGAACACUGUACGAUGUAUGACGUUGCUUGACCAGCUUUCUGCUGCUGAUGAGUAG